GGGUGUGAUGGUGAUGUUCUCCCAUGAUGAUGUGAUGCCGGGAUGUAAAAUGAUAGAUUUGGUUCGUCGUUUGCCACCAUUGGUUUCUAGUUUUAGUUCGACGUCUAUUUGUGGGCUCCAACUUGGGCAGGUGAAGACUUCGAAGACGUUUGAACUGGUUGGUCGAGCAAAAUAUCGGUAGUAUAGACAAGCUGAUGUUGGUAGUCCACAAUUGUUGCCCCAAAAACUAGUCGAUGGA